UACAUAUUUUCAUUUAAUUUUAAUAUUUUAUCAAUUCUCAUCAAUGUCAGCUCUCAGUCGAAAGUUACUACAUUUUGUGUCUUUAGUACAAAUAAGCAAUAUAUCUAAGUCAAGUUAUCGAAUAAGUAGUUAUAAUUCUACUAGAUUUUCAGGUCCUAGAUUCAAAAUGUCCGAAGUGGAGAAAUCUGCAAUCGCUACACCUGGUGGUGAUACAAUUUUUGGUAAAAUUGUUAGGAAGGAAAUACCAUGUAAUUUCAUAUACGAAGACGAUCUUUGUGUUGCAUUUCAUGACAUCAAUGCUCAAGCACCUGUUCAUUUUUUGGUGAUACCAAAGAAACCGAUUGAAAUGUUAUCUGCCGCUGAAAGCUCUGAUGAAACGUUACUUGGACACUUAAUGUUGGUUGCUAGCAAAGUAGCAAAAGAACAAGGAUUGAAUGAUGGUUUCCGUUUGGUAGUUAAUAAUGGAAAGGAUGGAGCUCAAUCGGUUUAUCAUUUACAUUUGCAUGUCCUUGGUGGUCGCCAACUAGGAUGGCCACCUGGCUAAUUGUUAUUAAUGCUCAAUUUAAUAUUUAUCCAAACUGUCAAUAUGUAUAUGCAAAUUAUUUAGUUUGACAAAAUGUCAUAUUUAAUUA